AUGUCUCGCAGAAAACCUAGUUUUCUUACCAAUGAUUUGUUUCCGAGAGAAAUCGAUAUCGAAGUAUGUUUGAAAACAUUAAAAAUAUAUCAAAAAAUUGAAGGUGAUGUAAACUGUGUUGUAUGGGAUGCUUCUCUAGUAUUGGCAAAAUAUCUUGAAACUAUGUGUCACCAGAAAUCAGAUUUUCUAAGCGGUAUAAAAGUUUUGGAGCUGGGAGCUGGGCUAGGGGUUGUGGGCCUUGCAGCUGCUACUUUAGGAGCCCAAGUAACACUUACAGACUUACCUGAGGCAAUGACUUUGCUUCGUUUAAAUAUAAAUGAAAACAAGGCAAAAAUCUCCAGUAUGGGAGGAUAUGCCACGGCAGAAUCUCUUGUUUGGGGCGAAGGCAGUUCAGAGAUAUAUAAAGAUGAAUGGGACAUGAUUGUAUUAGCUGAUUGCGUGUACUAUGAAGAGGCUAUUGACCCAUUGAUAGAAACACUGCAAAAUUUAAAUUCUUCAACUAAUAAGAGGAUGGUCAUAUAUUUGACUCAAGAACUCCGAGAUUCAGAAGUACAGAAGCAAUUAUGGGACAAAUUUUAUACAAAAUUGACUAAUAUUUUUAAUGUAAUAAAAAUACCAGAAGAGGAACAACAUGCCAAUUAUCGAAGUGAAGAUAUCAUAUUAUUAAAGAUAAGCAAAAAAAUUUAGUAAAGAUUUAAUAAAAUUAAGAAGGACACCUUAACGAAACAUAUUCUCAUAACUAUAUUCCUGUGUCAUUCCAAUCAAGAUAAAUAUUUAUCCAUAGGUUAUAUAUAGCACCAUGAGUGAGUACAUACAAUUAUUUAUAAGUACUUUCAAGUUGCAGUUUAGAUAUGAAUAUAAUCUAGCAAAGAUCUCGUCGCCUCUGGGGCUUUGCGUCUUCGAUCGUCACCACUCACCAGUGCAAUUGGGUCGGGCGGCGUGUCGACAACGACGGGUAUCGAUCACGAAAUAGACGGCAGGGGUCACGUUCGAUCCUACAUUCGACAAAAGAAUAAACCGCAACAAGAUGUUCGCCCUCUAUGGGAAUGUUGGUGAGGGAAUAUUGAGACUCCAGGCUUGUCGUUACUUUUGUGACAAGCCUUCGUCUACGUCUACGUCUUCGUACAAAUUAGUAUAAUAUAGUAUUUCCAGGGUCGAUGCGUAUAAUUGUAUGAGUUAAUUACGUAUAAAAACUUAUCUAAAGUGCGAUCAAUCAUACGUAAGCACUUAUAUAAUUUUCUAGAAUAAAAUAGCACAAAUCAUAACAAAAUAAUACAUAUCAAAAGAUAUAAGUAUUCUUACUUUAAAAAAAGUAUUAAAAACAGACGUAAACAAGGUACAACUGGCUGUGAAGUUACGGUAGGGCUAGGCGGUGCAGAGCAUCGGGUACACGGGGCCAUCGGACCCCGAUCAGUGACCCUUUUUUUCUGUCACUACCCCGUGAAAACUAACAAAGUAUAGUAAGCGUGUAAAGCAUACACAUAUCAUUUUAUAUUAUAACAUUCAAUAAAAUAACCUCCUCCUUUUUUUGAAGUCGGUUAAUAAAAUAAGUUACAGCAUCUGAUAUGUGUGCUCCUAAUAGGUGUACACACAUUUACUAUACAGAACGUCAUAUUUAAAAUCUAAAACAUAAUAUUGAAAAGGUACUUACAAGAUAAUAUGAAGUAUUUAAAUCAUUGUAAAAAUUGUGUAAUAAAUAACUAGGUAUCCCUCAAAAUUUGGUAGGUAGAUACGUACUAAAACGAAUUUUCGCGUAUAUGUCAAUGGAACUUUUUUGGACUAAAAAUUGGAUAGAAGGCGAGAACAUUCAAUUCUAUGUUCAGUGUAAUAAACCACAGCCCACUUACUUAUUGUAUUACCGAUCCAUUUUCAGUGGCAAGAUAUAGGAAAGAUUGGGACAUUUACAGGAAUAAAGAUUUUCGCAGAUUCCGGGAUCAUGACGUUCAGGAAUUGCCACAAAUAGAGAUCUGUUAACCAUUUUUUUAUACGAGCAUGGAAAAAUUACCCCACUGCACCUGUAUAUCCCAAAAGAAGGGGUGAAAUUGUAGGCGGAUGGUUUGAAACUGAUCAAUGUUGGUAUUGUUGAGCCUCUAUCCCGACCACGAUAAAUUUCUCGUAUAAUGAACAUUAUCUCAUUUCGAACUAUAAAUAUAUAGAAUGAAUAAUUUUAUUCGAAUACUAGACUUGCAAAAUAAAAAGCAAGUAUCUGACAAUUGUAAUGUUUUACGCCCGAAAUUAAUAAUGUAUCUACUAUC